ACACUGUGUGUUUUCUUGUUACCUCUUAUUUACGCGACGCAGCGCUGGUCGGACCCCGCAUUGACAGAGAGCUCGUCGUGAUGGAUCCGAAACAUCGACGUCGGUCUCGAUCCAAGUCCAGAAGCCGGAGCCGGGAUCGUCGGAACAGAUCCAGAAUGAGCAGGUCUCGGUCCCCGGAGGAGAGGAGAGGUCGCAGUCGGUCUUUAGAGACGAAGAAACCCGCCCGAGGACGAGGACGGUCCGGCAGCGGGAACUCCAGCGAUGGAUCUCCGGAGCGACGUGGGCCUCAACCUCAGCAACACAGAGACCGAGCGGCUUCACGGAGCGGCUCCGAGAGCGACCGGAGGAGAGGACCACACCGAGCCAGGAGCAAGUCCAGGGGGAGAUCAUCAAGUUCUGAUUCAGGUGAUCCCAAAGUGAGGAGGGGGAGAAAGGAAAAGGAGAACCGGAGAGGAGCAUCUCAAGAGAAGAGGAGGAGGGAAAGGUCCCAGUCCAGCUCUGAUUCCCGUGAUGGAGGCAGCGACAGAGAAAGGAGAAGACGAGGAAGUCCUGACAGAGGGAGUACAGUCAGAGACAGACAGAGAAGCGAGCGAGAUAGAGAUAGAGAGAGGUGGGAGAGCAACAGCAGUAGAGACAGGGAAAGAAAAGGAGACAAAGGCCUGGAGCAGAGGAAGAGGAGCGAAGACAGGGAGCAAGGGAGUAGUGAGCAGAGAAGCAGGGACAGGGAGCAAGGGAGUAGUGAGCAGAGAAGCAGAGACAGGGAGCAAGGGAGUAGUGAGCAGAGAAGCAGAGACAGGGAGCAAGGGAGUAGAGAGCAGAGAAGCAGAGACAGAGGGAGGCAGCGCUCCAGUUCACCCGAGUCGUCUGACAGCUCGGGGUCUGAUCGCGGGGGCCGUGUGGUCAAAGAGAAGGAGGAUAAGAAGAACCAGAGGGAGAUGAUGAAAGCUCUGGAGACACCAGAGGAGAAGAGGGCCAGAAGACUGGCAAAGAAGGAAACAAAGGAGAAGAAAAGGAGAGAAAAGAUGGGCUGGAGCGAGGAGUACAUGGGAUACACCAACGCAGACAAUCCCUUCGGUGACAACAACUUAUUGGGCACGUUCAAAUGGCAGAAGGCAUUGGAUAAGAAAGGCAUCGGCCAUCUGGGAGAAAAAGAGCUUAAAGACAGGAACAAAUGUAUUCAGGAGGAGAACCGCAGAGAGCUGCAGAAGGUAAAACAGCUGCGUCUGGAGAGGGAGCGAGAGAAGGCCAUGAGAGAGACGGAGCUGGAGAUGCUGCAGAGAGAAAAGGAGGCCGAGCAUUUCAAGACCUGGGCUGAACAGGAAGACAACUUCCAUCUGCAUCAGGCCAAACUAAGGUCUAAGAUCAGAAUCCGUGAUGGUCGUGCUAAGCCUAUUGACCUUUUGGCGAAGUACAUCAGUGCAGAAGAUGACGAUCUCGCCGUGGAGAUGCACGAGCCGUAUACCUUUCUCAACGGGCUAACGGUCACCGACAUGGACGACCUGCUGGAGGACAUUAAGGUGUACAUGGAGUUGGAGCAGGGGAAGAACGUGGACUUCUGGAGGGACAUGACGACAAUCACUGAGGACGAGAUCAGCAAACUGAGGAAACUGGAGGCCUCUGGGAAAGGACCAGGUGAUCGUCGUGAGGGCAUCAACACGGCUGUGAGCAUCGAUGUCCAGAUAGUGUUCAAAGGAAAGACGUACAGCCAGCUGCAGGCGCUGCACCUGAACAUCGAGACCAAAAUUCGGGCCGGAGGAUCCAAUCUUGAUAUCGGUUACUGGGAGAGUCUGCUGCAGCAAGUCAGAGUCUACAUGGCCAGAGCGAGGUUGAGAGAGCGACAUCAGGACGUGCUGCGUCAGAAGCUGUUCAAGCUGAAACAGGAACAAGGAGUGGAGAGUGAACCGUUGUUCCCCAUCAUCAAAGAGGAGGCGAGGAGUGACGAUGACGAGGCGACCGCAACAGGGGAGCCCAGCCAGUCUUCAUCCUCCUCCGCGAGAAAUAAGAACAGAGAAACCGAAGAGGACGGAGAGGAGGCGGGUCCGUCGACAUCCACGGCAGGAAACCAAGACGGGGACGGAGAGGAAAAGGGCGACAAGAAGGACGAAGAGAAGGAGGGCGAGGUGGUGGAGGCCGUGCUGACGGAGGAGGAUUUGAUCCAGCAGAGCCAGGCGGAGUACGACUCCGGGCGCUACAGUCCCGUGAUGCUGACGACCUCCGAGCUGCCGCUGGACACGCACACGAUAACGCCGGAGGAGGACACGCAAAGGCUGCAGCUAGCACGCACACAGCUACAAGUCACCGGUGAUGCCGGCGAAAGCGCCGAGGACGCCUUCGUACGUCGCGCCAAAGAGGGCAUGGGCAACGACGAGGCCCAGUUCAGCGUGGAGUUACCCGUCACGGGGAAGAUGUACCUGUGGGCGGACAAAUACCGUCCCAGGAAACCCCGCUUCUUCAACAGGGUGCACACCGGCUUCGAGUGGAACAAAUAUAACCAGACGCAUUACGACUUCGACAACCCACCGCCCAAGAUCGUCCAGGGUUACAAGUUCAACAUCUUCUACCCGGAUCUGAUCGACAAGCGCUCCACCCCGCAGUACUUCCUGGAGCCCAGUCCCGACAACAAGGACUUUGGGAUCUUAAGGUUCCACGCCGGCCCUCCGUACGAGGACAUCGCCUUUAAGAUUGUGAACAGGGAGUGGGAGUACUCGCACCGGCAUGGCUUCCGCUGUCAGUUCGCCAACGGUAUCUUCCAGCUGUGGUUCCACUUCAAGAGGUACCGCUACAGGAGAUAGAGACCACGCACCAGGAUGGACCAGGAGCCCAGUCACUGGGUUUUAAACCGUACACGCUGUAUUAUAUAGGCUGUGCUCAAAUCAUUCUGUACUGUUGUCUGAAAAAGUAAUUUGUAAUGUAGUCUGAAUAUUACACAUUAAAGAUUUUUUCCCCCUUUUUACUCUUUGCAAGUCA